UUUGUCCAAAGCCAACAACAGAAUCUAUGCAUAUAAAAAAGCUUGUUAUUCAAGGAUUUAAGUCUUAUAAAGAUUAUACCGUUAUAGAACCGAUUAGUCCUCAUCACAAUGUGAUUGUUGGAAGGAAUGGUUCAGGGAAAAGUAACUUUUUCGCUGCUAUUCGUUUUGUUUUAGGCGAUGAUUACACUCAUUUAUCACGUGAAGAAAGACAAGCUCUCUUGCACGAGGGUCCUGGCUCAACUGUCAUGAGUGCUUAUGUUGAAGUUACCUUUGAAAACUCAGAUAAUCGCUUUCCUACAGGAAAAAGUGAGGUUGUGCUACGUCGAACAAUUGGUCUCAAAAAGGAUGAAUAUUCUUUGGAUAGGAAAACAGUGAACAAAAGCGAAGUAAUCAAUCUUUUAGAGUCUGCUGGAUUUUCACGUUCGAACCCAUACUAUAUUGUUCCCCAAGGCCGAGUUACGUCUCUUACAAACGCAAAGGACUCUGAGCGUUUGGAACUCUUAAAAGAAGUUGCAGGAACUCAAAUUUACGAAAACAGACGUUCGGAGUCUAACAAAAUUAUGUCAGAAACAGUCCUCAAGUCUGAGAAAAUUGAUGAAUUGUUGGAGUAUAUUGAAGAAAGACUACGUGAGCUUGAGGAAGAGAAAAAUGAACUUGCUGCUUAUCAUAAGAAAGACAAUGAACGAAGAUGUUUGGAAUAUGCGAUUUAUUCACGUGAACACGAUGAAAUUAAUACCGUCUUGGAUGCCUUAGAACAAGAUCGUACUAGUACGCUUCAAAGAAACGAGAUAGAUUCUGGAGCUUUUAUCGAAAGAGAGACACGCAUCGAACAAAUUAAGAGUGAAACUAGUGAGCUGCAGAAUUCUAUCAACUUACUUCGUCUUGAAAAGCAACAAAACGAAGAGGAUUACACAAAUCUUAUCAAAUCUAAAGCAGCUAUGGAUCUGCAAUACCAACAGUUGCUACGUCAGAUCGAAUUUUCUAAAGAAGAUGAAACGUCAAAAAUCGAGAUGCUUCAAUCUUUGGAAUCUGAAAUCCAUGGUAAGGAGUCAGAAUUAACUAAGGUUAUCCCCGAGUAUAAUGAUGUUGUCUCUCAAGUCGAUCUCCUAAAUCAGCAGAUACUAUCUUUACAAAAUCAGAGAAGAACCAUUCUAGAUAAACAAUCAAGAAUAUCCCAAUUUGCUACCAGAGAAGAGCGUGAUGUUUGGAUUAAGGAUCAAAUCAACGAGGUUUCUUCAAGCAUUCGAAUUCAGAAAAAGCGGAUUUUGGAAUUAAAUACCGAAAUAGAGAAUAUUUCUGAGUCGUUAAAUAUGAAAACCUCUCGUAAACAAGAGAUUCAGUCAGCACUUUCUUCUCGAGGUGAGCUUACUGCUGCAGCAAUGGCUAAAGUUUCUUCAGUCAACGAAAAGAAAGAGAAUCUUAUUGAUAAACGAAAAGAAUUAUGGAGAGAAGAGGCUAAGCUGAAAUCCAUCACUGAAAAUAUCAAGGAUGAUCUUUCGCAAUCCGAAAAGAGCAUGAGUACCACCAUGGAUAGGAACACAAGUACAGGUCUUAGAUCUGUUAAAAGCAUUUCAGAUCGCUUAAAGCUGACUGGUUAUUAUGGUCCCUUGUGCGACCUUUUCACUGUUGAUAACCGGUUUAAAACAGCAGUAGAAGCAACCGCUGGAAACAGUUUGUUCCAUGUUGUUGUAGAUUCUGACGCUACGGCUGAUCAGAUUUUACAGGUAAUGUAUAAAGAGAAUGCUGGAAGAGUUACGUUUAUGCCAUUAAACAGACUUCGACCAAAACCAGUUAACUAUCCUGAUGCCAGUGAUGCUUUACCGUUGGUUAACUUUCUUGAAUACGAUUCCAAGUAUCAACCCGCAUUUCAACAAGUUUUCUCUAAAACUAUUGUGUGUCCUUCUAUCGAAGUUGCUUCACAAUAUGCCAGAUCACAUCAACUCAACGGUAUUACCUUAAGUGGUGACCGUUCUGAUAAGAAAGGUGCCUUAACUGGUGGCUACCGUGAUUACAAGAAUUCUCGUUUAGACGCUCUCAAGAAUGUUAAAAAAUAUCAGAAACGACUUAGUGAAACACAGGCAAAUCUCGAUAAGGUUACUACCGAAAUUGAUUCUAUCGAUCAGCAGAUAACCAAUUGCUUAAAUGAGCUGCAGAAAGCAGAGCUUGAGCUCAAGCAAUUAGAACGUGAUCAUGCUCCGCUUAAUAUGGAACAAGUCGCCAUAACGCAGGAAGAAGUGGAAAUUCAGGGUUCUCACCGUAGGAAGGUUCAAGAUUUGCAUUUGGCUAAAUUAGAACUUCAAACUUUGGAACAACAAGUAAAAGAUUUUGAGGAAGAACUACAAUCGGAAAUGGUAGAGAUGGAUCCGAAAGAUUUGAAGAGACUUAAACAUUUGGAAACACAAAUCGAGCAAUUGUCAGUUGACUAUAACGAUAUGAACGCAAAAUUGGUUGAAAUUGAAUCUCAAAAGGUAAAUCUUGAAUACCAGUUAAAUACGAAUCUGUACUUGAGACGUGAUCCUCUAAAGAUGCAACUUGGUAUGGAUAACCUUGUAGAUGAAUCGGAACUUUCCAAUGUCAAGAGAACCAUAGAAAAGCAUGAGGCCAAGCUUCGUAAACUUGAGGAUGCAUCCAGGAGACUGGAUAGUGAGAUUCAGAAAUUUGUUGAUGAAUUACAAACUAAAGAGAAGGGACUAGAAACACUGGAAGAAAAACAGCAUGAGGCAGCAGCCAAAAUUGAGCACGAAUCGAAACUUAGUGAAAGAAAUGCCGCCAAAAGAAGUCUAUUGCUUGCCCGUAAGAAGGAGUGCAACGAAAAUAUUAAGUCACUUGGCGUUUUGCCCGAAGAAGCUUUCGUUAAAUACGUUUCCACUAGUUCAAACGCUAUAGUCAAAAAAUUGCAUAAGAUUAAUGAUGCUUUGAAAGAGUACGGAAGCGUUAAUAAAAAAGCGUAUGAGCAAUACAACAAUUUCACUAAACAGCGUGACUCUUUGAUUUCCAGAAGAGAAGACUUAAGAAAAUCUCAAGAUUCCAUUAAUGAACUAACGAUGGUGUUGGAUCAGCGCAAGGAUGAAGCUAUAGAGCGUACGUUCAAGCAGGUAGCAAAGAAUUUCUCAGAAAUUUUUGAAAAACUCGUUCCUGCUGGACGUGGUGAAUUAGUUAUGAGUAAACGAAGCGAACUUAGUCAAAGCCUCGAACAAGAAAACUCUAUGGAUAUCGACAGUCAAACUGCCCAGAGAAGCUCGAUUGAUAAUUACACAGGUGUUGGUAUUCGUGUAUCCUUUAAUAGCAAGGAUGAUGAACAGUUAAGCAUUCAUCAACUUAGUGGAGGUCAGAAAUCGUUAUGUGCUUUAGCUUUAAUUUUUGCAAUUCAGCGAUGCGAUCCUGCGCCUUUCAAUAUUCUUGACGAAUGUGAUGCAAACCUGGAUGCUCAAUAUCGGUCUGCUUUGGCGGCAAUGGUAAAGGGUAUGUCUAAAACAAGCCAAUUCAUAUGCACAACUUUUCGACCUGAGAUGGUGAAAGCUGCUGAUACUUUCUAUGGCGUUAUGUUCAAUCAUAAGGUAUCAACAGUUGAAACUAUUUCCAAGGAUGAAGCUAUGAAGUUUGUUGAAGGGUAAAAACCUUUUAACAUAUACCUUUUCCUUAAUUUAUUUUUAGAUAUGAAUGUCAUGAUGCUCUAAUAUUUACUCUUGAUUGGUUUUCGUCCUCAAGAGUUGGGACUCUUUGCUUAAUAUAAUUUAUAUAUUGGAUUUGCUUCAACAUACCCAUUCGCAUGGUAAUAAUGCUAAUAUGGUUUCUUAGUUAUAAU